GUGAAUUUUGCAGCCAGUCCGCCUCCGAAGCCAGUAGAGAUGGACUUGCAAUGUUUCAAAAUUGUUAAUUGAUGUGCUGUGCUAUUAAUGCGACCCGUGUGGUAGUUGGCACGGUGGCCGGGUGGCCAUUAGAUUGGAUAGAUAGGAGCCCAAGAGAAAUGUGAGCGAGCGAGCGAGCUAACGAGCUCGUUCAGACAGCGAGAGAUUUCCAUGUGUUCGUCUGCCAGUCUUUCCCGGCGUUGGCACCGUGACAGACGACUGCUCAUCAGAGCAUGAGAGUCUCGUGUACAUUCUUCUCGAGCUGAUGAGAACGGCAGCCACAGGAGAUGUGUGAAGUGCCAGCCGCCAACAGCUCGGCCGAAACGGUUCGAGAGGCCUGAAGAGACGAGGCGAGAGGACACGAGAUCUGACGGGGAGCUAUGGAGGUGAAGAGGGAGUCAAAGAGGUUGAUAAAGACGAAUGUAGCAGAUGGGUCGAAGGAGGUGGCCCUGUCCCCUUCAGAUUUGGUUGUGCCUAGAGUGCACGUGGAGAUCAUCUACGCAUUCGAGGCGCCCGUUCCUUCCGAUGCCUCUCAAAUGCUGGAGGAUGCUCUGGCCACGACUCUGCUCGACUACGAGGAAUGGGCAGGACGGAUGAGCAAGGACUCGGACGGGCGACCUGUCAUCGCCUUGAACGGUCAAGGAGCUGCUUGGAUCGAUGCCGAGGCCAAUGUACCUCUGCGCGACCUGAUGCCAUUCCCUCCCGGCUAUCAACUUCUAGAGCUGGUGCCGCCGAAUCGUGGAGCAGAGGAGCUCCUCCUCGUUCAGGUGACGAAGUUUUCAUGCGGAGGCAUCACGCUGGGCAUCGCUCGACACCAUCAGGUGGCAGACGGAGAGAGCUCCUCGCAAUUCAUGGACGCGUGGACGUGGGCCGUGAAGAAGAAAGGAGCCGUCUCGGACGAGAAAUUGCCACCACCGCCGCCGAGUCCACUCCACGACCGAUCGCUUCUCAUGGCCAGCGAUCCCCCGCAACCGACCUUCGAGCACGCGGAGUACAAGAAGCCGGCCCCGCCCAAUCCCGAGCAGCAGCAGCAGCAGCAGGCGGAGCAUCCGCCUCUGGCCAUCAAGAAGCUGCACUUCGGGCCCGAGCUGCUGAAGAAAAUCAAAUCCGAGGCCAUGAAGGACUUGCAGGACGGCGCGUGGUUCACGACCUUCGAGAGCCUGACCGCGCACCUCUGGAGGUGCAUAACCCGGGCACGGGGGCUGGCGGGAGGCACGGACACGCGCGCGCUGGUGGCGACCAACGGGCGGCCGAGGCUGAAGACGAGGAAGCUGCCGGCGAAUUAUUUCGGUAACGUGAUCUUCCACGCCUGCUCGCAGGCCUCCGUCGACGACCUCACCGGCCGGCCGCUCUCGUACGCCGCGGGCCUCGUGCAGACGGCCAUCCGGCGGGUGGACGAGGAGUACAUUCUGUCGGCUCUGGACUUCACGGCGCUGCAGCUGCAGCACCCGGUGCCCGUGGCGCGCGGUCAUCGAACGGUGCUGUCGCCCAAUUUGAGCGUCACCAGCUGGGCCGGCCUGCCGCUGUACAAGACGGACUUCGGCUGGGGGACGCCUCUGUUCGUCGGCCCGCCCCUGAUCCCGUUCGAGGGCCUCCUCAUGCUACUUCCGUCCUACACCCAAGACGGAGCCAUCGACGCGUCGGUGGGCCUGUUCGCUCCCGACAUGGAACGGCUCGAAUCGUUUGCCUUCCAGGUCUGAAAUCGUUCGCUGACGGAGCCCGCGUACAUUACCAACCAGCUCCGUCCGUCCGACCGUCAGCGUUGCACAAUUGUGACGGACCGGACCGACGGAGCGAGCGAGCAUUUUGACGGCCGCCGGACAGCGGCCUUCGAGCGAGAGAAUGAAGUCUGGGAAACGACGAAGGAACGAUUUUGAGACAUCUCUCUCGGUUCUCGGCAGGGCUCGCAUUUGUCCCGAGCGACGAGUGAUUUGGUGGACGAUUGAUUGGUGGAAGGCGUGAUUUGAAAAGGGCCCUACAUUUUGCUGCGAUUGGGGUGCUUUAUAAGAUGAUAAUUAUUCUCAUCGCAGCUUUCGGAAAAGAGGGUCUCUUUUUCUGUCUCUGUCUCUGAGGAGAAAUUGAAGCAGAGCUGUAGUGAGAACGAGGAGGAGCAUGCAGAUUUUGUUUGUGAGCUGUCUAGCAUCAUCGUCAUCGUUACGAUGCAUUACGACAUCGUUACGAUGCAAUGUGCAACUGGCCUUUUCCUAGUUGCCUGAUGCUUCCGUGGCUCUGAUGACUGCCCGGUGGGUCGGUCUCUAGUCCUCCGCUUUCGAUUUGACACUGGACGCCAGAUUGAUUAUUCAUUUUGUCCCACGGCUGGACAUUGUAGGGACACAGACUCUCAAGAGCUGAGGGCCAAGGUCCAUCUAUCAUCAGAAAUGACCCCGGAAUAUACGAUGCUUCUUCUACGCGCAGCACUUCUUGUGCCUGGUGGAAGGAGAUUCUUCCACGGCACAGCCGUGUGCGCAACCCAAUUUCUCUUGCUCUUAGAUGUAUAUGUUUUCUUGAUCAUGCCUUCCAAUCCGUCGACUCGUUUUAUAAGUGGACGGAUCAACAAGUCAGUCCAUGUGUCCAAUUAGCUUCUUAGUUUGACGAAUGUGGACCUAUUGCUUGGACCUUAAAGAACUGGAAAGGCGGGCCCGGCUCCUGGUGUCAGAGUAGGCCACAGCAGAGCAUUUUCUGGUCACCUCACCUCGUUAAGCCACAAAGGUUUCUGUCUGAGUUCAU